GUUUGUUUGCAAGUGUGUGUGUGUGUGUGCGUGUGUGUGUGUGUGCUGCGGAGAGCGUCGACUCAAAUACACUCGAGGGAAUUUGUUCAGAUCAGUUCAGCACGGAGCAGCGGCGAGUUGAGCCUCCACGAAACAGUUACGGCUCAUUACGGCCCGCCAGAUGUGCAUAUGCCCUGGUGCAUUCUCGAGCCAGAAACUCAAGCGUUAUGUUGGACAAGUGACGUGUGAAGCGCAGCAAUAAAAAACAAACUAUACACAAAACGACAACAAUCAAUCAAUCAAUCAAUCAAUCGAUCAGUCGAUCGAUCGAUCGAUCAGUUCAUCAAUCAUAAACAAGCAAACGAAAGGAAAAAAUCAAACGAAACUAAACGCAACUCGUUUCGACACACAUCAAUCAGCAGUCAGUCAAUCAAUCAAUCAAUCAUCAGAGCAUUGAGCAAGCAGCCACAAAAUGUUUGAUGUAUUCGGCUCCGUCAAGGGGCUACUGAAAAUCGAUCAGGUCUGCAUCGACAACAAUGUCUUCCGCAUGCACUAUAAGGCGACGGUGAUCAUCCUGAUCGCCUUCUCGCUGCUGGUCACCUCGCGCCAAUAUAUUGGUGAUCCGAUCGAUUGCAUCGUGGACGAGAUACCGCUGGGCGUUAUGGACACAUAUUGCUGGAUCUACUCAACGUUCACGGUGCCGGAACGAUUGACGGGCGUCACCGGACGCGAUGUGGUACAGCCCGGCGUGGGCUCCCAUGUGGACGGCGAGGAUAAGGUCAAGUACCACAAGUACUAUCAGUGGGUGUGCUUCGUCCUCUUCUUCCAGGCGAUACUGUUCUACGUGCCGCGCUACCUGUGGAAGUCGUGGGAGGGCGGACGUCUCAAGAUGCUCGUCAUGGAUCUCAACAGUCCCAUUGUGAACGACGAGUGCAAGAACGAUCGCAAGAAAAUACUCGUCGACUAUUUCAUGGGCAAUCUGAACCGUCACAAUUUCUAUGCGUUCCGGUUCUUCGUCUGCGAGGCUCUCAACUUCGUGAAUGUCAUCGGUCAAAUCUAUUUCGUGGACUUCUUCCUCGAUGGCGAGUUCAGCACGUACGGCAGCGAUGUGCUCAAGUUUACCGAAAUGGAGCCGGACGAUCGCGUCGAUCCCAUGGCGAAGGUCUUUCCCAAGGUCACCAAGUGCACCUUCCACAAAUACGGUCCGUCGGGCAGCGUGCAGAAGUUCGACGGUUUGUGCGUGCUGCCGCUGAACAUUGUGAACGAGAAGAUCUAUGUGUUCCUCUGGUUCUGGUUCAUCAUCCUGAGCAUAUUGUCCGGCAUAUCGCUUGUCUAUCGCAUUGCCGUUGUGGUCGGACCCAAGCUGCGCCAUCUGCUGCUGCGCGCCCGCUCCCGUCUCGCCGAGAGCGAGGAGGUCGAGAAGGUGGCCAACAGGUGCAACAUCGGCGAUUGGUUCCUGCUCUAUCAGCUGGGCAAGAAUAUCGAUCCCUUGAUCUACAAGGAGGUGAUAGGGGAUCUCUAUCGCGAAAUGGGCGGCGACGGUCAAAGUCCGCAGAAGCAGCCGUUCGAGGCCUAAGCGACAGUCGGAGUUGGCGUCGGAAUCGGAGUCGGAGUCGGAGUUGGAGUUGGAGUCGGAGCUGGAGUCGGAGCUGGAGUCGGAGUCGGAGUCGGCACCUGGGCCACCCUGUGCUAGGCCAGGCAGCGUGCCAGCGGCCUUGCACGCCGCCAAAAUGAAGGAUGAUGUAUUGAACAAGGGGGCGUGGCCAAUAUUUAAGACAUAUCAACGAAUUCCAUGCCAAGCGCUUGUGUUUCACAUGUUUUGACCGAUUGCAAAACACCUGAAAACCAGAGAAGAACUAUAAGAAGAAGAGGAGAAUAGAAUUAUAUGAAAGGAAAAACAAAACACGAUACACCCACAAAACGAUGAACGCCCACCUCCCCCCCCCCCCUCGUCAAGCCAAGGAUCAGGCAGCUGUUUGGAAGCCAACGACAAUCAUGAAUGGGCUGCUAUAAGAAUUGAAACGGUAAAACUAUAGGAAGCGUAACAGGAACUCUAGAGAUGAAAACAACAAUAAAAGACACGCGCAGAAAAGACAAGUGUUGAAAAAUGUUUCAAAGACAACAACAACAACAACAACAACAGCAACAACAACAAAGUGCAAGCAUUUUUUAUACAACAAUUUAUAUACAUAUAUACAUAGUUUUUCUCGUAUUUUUCGUAUUCUACAACUAAUUGGAAAAUAUUUUUUAUAACAAAUACACACAGACACACACACACACACACACACACAUAUAUUACUACUACUAGAUAUAUAGAUAUUAUUAUUAUAUAUAUGUAUGUCUAUAUAUAUAUAUAUAUAUAUGAUGCGAAUGCCACAUGCGAUGAAUAUUUAUGCUAAGAGUUGUGAUCAUUGAUUAAGCAGUUUAUAAAGUUUAUAAACAAUUUGAAUAAUAAACAAAAAACAAAAAGCAAGCAGCAAAAAAAUAAAUACUUUACGAGCUCCACUUGCAAAAGCAAACAACAACAACAACAAUAAA